AUCACCAUGGACAAUCCACUGCAUUCUGAAUUCACUGAAGGAAUUAAAGAAGCUCUACAAAACAAUAAUCAAGCUUUAGCUGCUGCAAAGAUCCAGGAGUAUUUGGAUCAGCAGAAUAACACCCCACUGAAUAUUGCCAUCACAGGAGAGACAGGCUCUGGUAAAUCCACCUUUGUCAAUGCCUUUAGAGGCAUAGACAACAGUGAUGAGAAAUGCGCCCGUACUGAUGAAAACACCCUAGAGGUCAUAUCAUACCCCCAUCCAAACUACCCCAAUGUUACUCUGUGGGAUCUUCCUGGUGUUGGUACCACCAAGUUUCCAGCUGACAAGUACCUGGAGCUUGUUGGAUUUGAGAAGUUCGACUUCUUCAUCAUCAUCUCAGACACUCGCUUCAGAGAGAAUGAUGUGAAACUCGCUCAGGAGAUUCAGAAGAUGGGGAAAAAGUUCUACUUUGUUCGCUCAAAGAUUGACAACGAUUUACGAGCUGAGGAAAGAAGUCAGAGGGAGUUUGAUGAGAAAAAGAUGAUCGCACAAAUCAGGGAAAACUGCAUUCAAGGUCUUCAGCAACAGGGUGUUGAGUCUCCUAAAGUCUUCCUGGUGUCCAGCUUUAAGCUCCAACUGCAUGACUUUCCCCUGUUACACAAGACCCUAGAGAGAGAACUUCCUGCACAUAAGAGGAAUGCUCUGCUGUUGGCCAUGCACGACAUUAACCUGGAGAUCAUCAACAAGAAGAAAGAGGCUUUCCAGGCCGAAAUAAAAUACCUUGCUACUCUAUCAGCAGCUGUAGCAGCUGUACCAGUUACUGGGCUUUCUGUUGCUGUUGAUGUAGCUUUGCUGGUUGGAGUUGUCACAAAAUACGUAGUUGGGUUUGGUCUUUAUAGCUCGUCACUGAAGAGUCUAGCUGGUAGCACAGGUGUGCCAUUGAAGGAUCUGACAGCUGCCAUCCAUUUACCACUGGCUGUCACAAAAAUAACCCCAUUUCUUAUCCUGAAGCUGCUUUCUCAAUGUGUAAGCACAGCUGCAUCAACGGCAGCAGAGGAAGAGUCCAGAUACAUUCCAAUAAUUGGAAUCCCAGCAGCAAUGGGCCUCUCUUUUAUCACAACCUACAGAGCUCUCAGUACUUUCCUCAACAUGCUUGCUGAGGAUGCAGACAGGGUGUUCACAAAGGCUCUGGGUUUAAACACCUCAGUGUGA